CGAAAUCUAUGUAAUUACAGUUUGUAAAAUCGAGCGGUAGUCGAAAUAUUGAAACUACAUUGCCAUCAAAUGGGUAUUAACUGUGAAGUUCUUAACACGACAUUAUCUUUAUUCAAAUAUUUACAUAAUUCUUUUUUAGUGUUGUUGCAAUCGUUAUAUAGCAUAUUGGAUAUAUUGUAGCAAGGAUCUUUUUAUAUCUUAAAACGAUUGGUUUAUUCGUAAACAAUUGAUACAGAGUGUUUAACGAAAUGUUGGAAAACGCAGGAUAUGAUCAGAAUGAAGAUGAAUACACUGAAAAGAAUGCCUCUUUUGUGUUGGGUGUGCCAUCUACCUACCAAAUGACAUCACCGCAGCAAGAGCCUGAACAUCUUACAUGCAAGCCCGUUACCGAACUUACAAAUACAGAAGUGGUAAUGCGCCAGCCACAACCAGGGCCUGUGAUGAACAUAAUUCAGAAACCACUUCCAAACCAUAUUGUACCUGCCUUGUUCGUCUGCUGUAUGUUCUGGCCAACAGGUCUAGUCGCAGUAUAUUUUGCAUUCAAAACACGGAAUCUGAAACUCUCCGGCGACUAUGGUAAUGCCAAAAAGAUGUCAGACUGUGCAAGAAAAUGGAUAAUUGCUACAAUAUGUAUCGGAUUGAUUCUCGGGUUCUUUUCAGUUAUCGUAUACUAUGCCGGAAUGAUGAUUUUGUACAGCAAAAACAAAUAAUACAACAACUAGGAUAUACAAUGCCAAUGUCCAUUGCAUACUCGAACAGACUGACAUGAUUCUAUAUUGAGAUAGAAUUUAUUUCUGAAACAAUCUGAACUGAUAUAAACAUUUAUUAUUUGCGUACUUUUGAUCAUCAUUAAUGUCAUAUCAUUAUUGUUUGUUGUAAAUAUCUUUCUAUGUAAGUACACAAAACUUUUUUAGAAAUAAUUCUUUUUUUUUGUAUAUAAAUCAAUAUUCGGUUAAAAGUUUUAUCUUAUAUAAAUUUACAUUC